AUGGAGGACAUAUCCAGCCCUCUAGACAUAGAUUGGGGCAAGUUGACUACCCGGAGUCCUACAUGUAAUAUAAUCAACCAGAACGACAAUCAGUGGGAUGCUAUCACCGCCUUCCCGCGAGAUAUUAACACCACAAUAGUGGUAACAACAAAAAUCCAGGGUGUAGCUAAAUUCGGCAGCCUUCCCAACUACUACGUGUACAAUAUGGGCAAACUUAGUGAUGAUCACUCAAAGCAAUUGUUACUAAAGGCAGCUGAUCUGGAGAAAUAUUCGGAUUCCUCACUGUCAGAUUCAAAAGCAAUAUUGAAAAUAUGUGAUGGUCAACCGCUUGCACUGAGUACUGUAGGCAAAUUCAUGCGAAAAAGAAGUUUGAUGGAAGGACCUGACUGGGAUGGUAUUUGCAACCAGCUACGUUGUCAUCUGGGGAGCGACGAUUCCUUAGACAGAGUGCAUCAGGCGCUUAUGCAUGAGUACACCAGCUUACCAAGCUGUGCUAUCAAAGCUUGCUUGCUAUAUUUUGCUAUGUUCCCGAGUGAUCAUCGAGUCAAGCCCCAAAGGAUAAUGAGGCAAUGGUUAGCUGAGGGGUUUGUAGAACCAGAAAAUUCAUUGGGUGAUACAGCUGACAAAUGUUUCGAGGAGCUCCUGGAUCGAAGCAUUGUCCAUCCCAUUGAGGUUAGCAAUAACAAGACAGUGAAGACAUGCAGAACAUAUGGCAUGAUGCAUGAGUACGUAAUGUUCAAAUCUCUCUCUGAAAACCUCAUUAUGUUGUGUGAUAAUGGCAAUUAUCAGAACUCUAAAAGUAAUGGGAAUUUCCAAACUACACAACAUCGUUGCCUUUCUCUUCGAGACAGCAGUAUAUCAGAUAGUAGCAGUUUGGACAGUGAUCUAUCUCUUGUCAGAACUCUGAUAGUCUUCGGGAAGGCAGGAUCUAUGUUGAAUUUUGACAGUUUAAGCUUCCUGACAAAGCUAUACCUUCAGAACAAUGAACUGCCCGGAUUUGUUACCAGACUGCGUGGUCUCAAGGAGUUGUGCCUUCAAUCAACUAAACUGAAGGCAGCUCUUCUCACAGCAUUGGGUACUCUUGAACACUUAAAGUACCUGAAGCUAAUCGCUGGCGAACUUGAUGAUUUUGUCCUCCAGCGCAAUGCAUUGCCAUCUCUUGUCUGCAUACGUUUUGUCCUGAAAAGUCCAACACUCCCAAAAAUGGAACAUGGUGCUAUGCCAAUACUCAAAUCGCUUCAGCUGCUCUGUGAUGGUCUAAAUGGACUUUCUGGUCUACAAAUUAAUUACUUCACACACCUGAGGGAAGUAAUUCUUGAUGCUGGAGUUGAGGUCAACAGUACUACAAUACAAAACUGGCAAGAUGCGGCUGCGAAUCAUCCCAACAGACCAAAAGUUAUUUUGCUUAAUGCGCUUGAUUCAACUGAGGGUGCUUCUAUACAAGGUUCUGCAGAGUCAUGGCAAAUAAAAAUGGAGCUGAAACCCAUAUGCUACCUAAUGGAUUGA